GUCCUUUCUGUUUCAAGUCUUUGUUUCAGACCGGACAUAUUUUUAUAGCGACACCACCACCAUGGAUGCUGUAUCCCAGCGUAUAUUGGAGUAUUUGACAGAAGUUGAGGAAGCAGCUGAAGAUGUUCUCACCACUAAGCAACAGAUAGUGAACCUGGACUCAAAGAGAAACAGGAACAGAGAGGCAUUAAACGCACUGAAAAAUGAAAUGUCAGAUUCAGGGAAAGUGAAGGUUUGCUUUGGAAACAUGUUCAUCAAAUUUCCCAAAUUGAAGACGAGAGAGAUGAUUCAGAAAGACCAGGAGCAACUGGACAAGGAGAUAAAUGACCUUCGUAAAGGACUGAAAGCAAAAGUCAAUCGUCUCAAUGAGAUGGAAGGAAAACCUGAGCUGAGAGGCUACAAUCUUUCUCCUCUGUCCUCUGAUGAAGUCAAGGCCAUUAACAGCCUUCUAAAGAGAUGACAUCAAAUGUGUGAACUGCUGAAUAUGUCUGAGGGCGUAUAAGGACAAUGACAACAUGUUUCCCAGCUGCAACCUACGACUGUCAGCUGUACAGACGGCACUAUGAAGUGUUCUCCACUGGAUGAGCUGAUGACUCUAAAGCCUACUGGAUGAUCGAUAAAAUUGAUGUAACUGAUGUCUUGAUAACCUGUAUUUAGAACAUUUCUUAAAUUCUUGUCAAACAUUGUAUUCCUGUCAAACAUAUGUAAAUUCACAGGAAACACAUUUAAGACCAAAUAAUUUUACCAUUUGGUUUCUUUUUUUCUUCCAAGUAAGUUUGUCUGACCCCUUGGCUUGUUUACGAUCUGUCUGAUUGGAAUAGAAAGGCCCAUUGCUGUGUGGGUUUGGACAGUUUGACAUGACCUCCCCAAAUGGAGUGGGAACUGUGGUGAAUAUGUAGUCUGACCACAAGGUGGCAGUGCAGUUCAGUUCCACAGCAGAAGGAAAGAAGUCUUGCUUCGGUCUGCUUUUACAGCCUUGCUGCCAGUCUUCAAAUCCCCUGGUAUGCAUGUAGCACAGCUUUGUAACAACAUGUGUGAUAUUCACCACGGAUAAGUUUCUGAAAGUUAAACAAAAUGCUUAACUAUGGAGAUGUCCACUGUGUUUUCAUAUAGUAACUUUUGUCUGAUCAGAUUUUUGUCCUCUCACUUUAUUUACCAUAUUAUCUCUGCUCUGAAUAAAUUCAUUUAAUAUUUUUAUUAUUUUAUGUUAUUAGUAUUUUUUGUUCUGUGAGAAGACACAGUUACACCAUGCAUUCGGUAUGUGUUUUUGUUUCCGGUUUUGUUUUUUUCUUUGAAAAAGACAUACCUUUCAUCCUUAGUCAUAAUGUAAAUGAUAAACAACUGUAAAUAUAGGUGUA